GUAGAAUAAUAAACCGUCUCCCACCUAUCGCCUGUAUUUAUCAUGAAGUGAAGGCUAUUCCGUUGAAUCCGGUGAACCGUUUGCCCUCAAGGCUGCGCCAGUAGAUCUGUAAACCAUCCACGCGCAGUCUGCGGCGGGCGCGGAACAGCGGCGAGCACAUCCAGAUGCUUUGUCGUCAGCGAUGAGGCCGCGCCGUCGCUGCUCCUAUGGACGUUUUCUUCUUCUCCAAGCAAAGGGGCGGAAACGACACGCCGUGGUCUAGCUAGCUUCACUGCAUUUUGACAACAAAUCAACACAAACCGCGACAUCAUUACCCAAUAACCGCAGCCGCCGCUGUUAGCCGGGUUGUUUUAUAUCGGUUCGGGUGGAAGUUUGAUUCAAUAAAAGUAAAUCCUCGGAACCUGCUGGUCCCCAGGUCUACCUGAUGAGUAUGAGCCUGACUACAGAGCCCUCUAACGAUGGUCCCACUGUUACAGAAGAGAGCAAAAUGACUACGCCCGAGAAGAAGGAGAAGAAGGCGGACGAUGUGGCGGAGGAGGAGGAGGAGGAGGAAGAAUAUGUCGUGGAAAAGGUCCUGAAUCGGCGGGUGGUGAAAGGCAGAGUAGAGUAUCUUCUCAAGUGGAAAGGCUUCUCUGACGAAGACAACACGUGGGAGCCGGAGGACAACCUGGACUGUCCCGAUCUGAUCGCCGAGUUCCUGCAGUCCCAGAAAUCAGCGCACGACGGGAAGAGGAAGGCGGCCGGAGAGGCAGAAGGAGACGAAAGUAAAUCGAAGAAGAAAAAAGACGAUACAGAGAAGCUAAGGGGCUUCGCUCGAGGUCUGGAUCCAGAAAGGAUCAUCGGUGCCACAGAUUCCACGGGAGAACUCAUGUUCCUUAUGAAAUGGAAAAAUUCUGAUGAAGCUGACCUGGUGCCGGCGAAAGAGGCGAACGUGAAGUGUCCACAGGUGGUCAUCUCCUUCUAUGAAGAGAGGCUCACCUGGCACUCGUAUCCUGCAGAAGACGAGAAAAAGGACGAGAAAAACUAACAACGGGCAGAGGGGGACACACGGGGGAGAGAGAGAAGCUGUAGUUUUGAACUUCAUUGUACUUUCGAUGUGGGAUUCAGGGAGGGAGGGAGGGGGCGGGCCAGGGGGGCGGAGACAAGCAAGACGCCAUUGGACUCAUUCGUCUUUAGGUGUAGUAUCAGUCAUUUGAUCCUACUUUUAUCUGGAUGUAACCUAAAUGUAUAAAUGCUACAGGUUUGCUUGACGAAAAAAAAAAACCAGCUCGACGCAGUGUUAAUUUCCCAGUAUCCACUCUGCUUUCAGUAUCACUGGUGUCACACCUGGCCCAGUGCUCGGUCAUCUUGCUAUGACAUUGUAUCAGUGAGGUGAUGUUUUUAUUUCCGUCGUGUGCCAUCUCGUUUUUUUUUUUUUUUGUUUGUUUUGUUUGUUUUUUUUUAUCCAGGUAAAUCCAUCGGUGCUGUUGAGGGCAAAACUGUUCAUCUUAGCGGUUUCCUUAGGUGUGCGGCCAUGAAGUCCGAAUCAUUUGGUCACUGGUAAUCUUUGUAGUGUUUUUCAGUAUGUCUUGCUUGUCGGUUUUGGAGAAUAAACCACUUUUUGUUACAA